UUCGUGAAUUUUCGCCUACAACAGGCAGUCAUUAGAUGAAAGUGUUAACUUCCUGCGCGAUCAGCGAUUGACCAUUCCACACAUUUUAUGGCAUGGUUCAACAGCUCGUGUCUGCAUCUCUCUCUUUAAUUAAUUUUAUCUCGCGUGACUGGCGUGGAAUUGAUCAAUCUUAGAUAUGUAUAUAUAUGUAUGUAUGUAUGUUUGUGUGUGUGUCAGUUGAUGAGUAUAAAUCAUUUGUGUAUUUUGAAUUUCGUUGCUUGCUUUGUUUUCGUCACACUUUUACGGUUGUUAUUGCUAACAACGCUUGUAAUUGCGCUGCUGCAAAAAGCCAUUCGUAGAUAAUCGUGAUUUGUUGCCUUUCUUUGAAGAGGCUGUUUGUUGUUGCCAAACAUUUUAUUUUUGUUUUUUUUUGAAAUUUUCUUCCUACAACAUUUCUUUCGGCUGUUGAUCAUAUUUGAGGUCUCGUUUGUUUAUGCCUUCACUUCAUCGCAGUUUGAUUAAACGAAAUGCACUUCACAUUCAGAGACAAACCUGUUUCUGCAAAUUAAAAAUUAUAAGCAAAUUACCAAAGCAGCGCGGCAGCAAAAAGUUCAGACUCGACUUAUCAUCAGCGGUCGAAGUUGAAUUUGAAUUCCAGCAGCAACAUUUGAGUGCAGACAACGCAAGUGAAACCAUCGCAGAGCGCGAAGUGACACUUUAGAAUAAGACGCAACAUUUGACAACAUUACGGAAAAGUCGAGUUUUCUUCAAGCAAAAUGCAGUUUUUCGCGCUGAAACCAAAAUUAAGUUCUCAACGUUUUCUACUAGUGACAUUACUUCUCAUAACGACUACUCUCAACUCCGACGGCUAUGGUCAUCCGCAGACAGCAACACAACAACAUAAUGGUUAUGUAUAUGGGCCUCCUCCACCUCCGUCAUUUGUUAACGUACCUCGUGCCCCGCAAACGUCCGCACCUACUGGCGCUCAGGUGCCUGUUUUGACAGCUGUAGUGCGCCCACUGGGACCUCCGGGAAGAAAUUACGAAGUGAGACUCUCUCAAACAAAUCAUCACAAUUUGCUACACAGACAACCACCUCAACCAGCAACUAUAAAUGGACCAUCCCCUUAUUAUACCAACAACUACCAACAAGUCAACUCCGGCGCGAGAUAUGCGCCGCCAGCGUUACCAUCUCAAUCGGGUCCAUUUCAGCAAGCUUUUCGUGGUGCAAGUGAUCAGCAAUACAGCAACAACGCUGCUGGUUCCUCCGUUUCCAACACACCACAUCAAAAUCCGCUACUGACACCGCAGUAUGGGCAACCAGCACCACCUUCCACCUCCUUAACACCUGCGCCGCCACAGUCGCAAUCAUUUUUGAAUCAAGGUAAUCAGCAGCACAACGGUAAUCCGCAGCUGACACCGCAGUAUGCACAACCAGCGUCACCUCCCUCCGCCAUAACACCUGCCUCGCAACAGUCACAAUCCUUUGCGAAUGCCGGCAAUCAACCGCAGCAACAGUCCCCUGUAGGGUCACCAAUUGGACCUCAACAAAAUAAUGGCGUUGGCACCAACGGUAACGCACCUAAUUUUCAACUCAGCUCCGGCGUACAGCCUAGCACCGCGAACACCGCGAACUCCGCCGACGGCUCCAACAAUGGCGUGCUAGGAAACUACAUUUCGCAAUCUGAAGUCGGUCAAUUGGACCAUUACUUCGAGAAACAGAAUCCGGUGGGCGACACACGCGCCUAUACUCGUCUCAUCAACACCUGUUAUCCCGAUGGCCGUUGCGAUCCGCAGCAGCAACUGGGCGCCGGUGAAACCCAUCAGCGACACCAGCAGGUAGUAUUAAACGCGCGAGCGCGUACACAACCGAUUUCGGAUAAGUGCCGCGCCCUGGGCAAUUCAGGCGCUAUGUCGACAAUAACUGCUGGAUCCGUUAGCGUAGGGAAUCCUGCGCUUAACUCGGCGAAUCGUCCACCAAAUCGCCGACUCUAUCAAUAUACAGAAGUUGUGAUACCGCGCGAUCCAUUCAACUGAAAAAAAAAACAUAACAACCAAUUUGUGUUAAUUUGUUUGUGUUUAGCAAGAAAAUAUAUAUAUGUAUUCGUGACAGUUUUGUUUUGUGAAAAGGUCAGUGUCUACAUUCUUUUAAGUUUUGUUUAACAUUUAUUUCAAGUUUAGUCUAAGUGUAUUAAAACGAAUUGUGAAUAAAUUAUUAUAAUGAGAACACCAUAUGCUUUGAAGGUUUUUGACGGUUGCGGUUUGAAGGUUUCGUUUGAUGAAUCGGUAAUGUACCGCUAGGCGUUUUUUUAUAGCCUGAAAGUAUGCAAUGAUUUCGUGU